UCCUCAGACCCGAACCCGAGUUCGAAGUUUUGAAGGAUCAUAGAUGUCACAAAUCGGCCGAAAACUAUUACUUCAAGUUCCAACUCUACUAUUUCUCUCCCCAUCGAAUUCAACUGGUAUCCCGAUAAGGACACUGCCGAAGGCUGCAUCGGUCCGCAUUCUUUGAUGCAGGAAUGAUGGUUCCCCCUUUGGACCCCCGUGACCCCCGCGACCUCCACGCUCGCCCAUGGAAACGGCGUUCCUCUUCCGUCUCCGCCCCAUACUUCCGCCUUCCUCGACGCAGUCGUCGCGCAACUUAUAUCUGCUGGACUGUUGUGGUAUUUGUGCUUUAUUUCGUUCUCAAUUCGGCAACGCAGUGGUCCCAUGUACCAGAUCCGAGAUCUUUCUACAGCAAGGGUAGCAACGUUCCGAUCCAGUACCCUAAUUUAUACCCUAGCCUUUCAAAGAUUACGGGCGGCGGAAACAGAGCUUGGAAUAGGAAUGUACUGUUCGUGGCAGGGAAUCUAGAUGCGGCUAGCAAACUUGCCGGAAUUGCCUGCGAGAUGUCCAUGUAUGGGAGGAGCAAUGUCCAUUUUGCACUGAUAGGAGAUAGCAACAUGGAUAUGGAGCUCUUUCGGGAGCUCAAUGGAAUUACGGAAGAGAAUACUGACUGCAGGGCAAUCUUUCACGAUGCCCGUGCUGAUUUUAUGGACUUAAUGUCGGUUGAGCGAAAGAUGCUUGUUGUCAGAACGGCACUCAGGCAUCUAAGGGACUUUAUGCACCCUCAGGUGUUAAUAAUGUCAGCAGAGCAUGAGCACGGCUGGCUCAGUGCCACUAUAACAGAUACGGCGAAGAAAUUACAGAUGCCCGCGAUUGAGCUCCCAUGGGACGCCGCAGAUGGCUUGAGAUGGAUUACCAGGUUAGACAGUGGCUCUUUAAGCGCAUGGCAUAAACCUAACUUCGAGAUAGUCAUACAUGCAGACACUCACUCUGGAAACUUGGAACGUCUUCUCAAGUCUUUAGAGUCUGCAUUUUACCCGACUGCUCACCACCGACCCAAGAGCUUAACUGUUAUUCUCAAUCCUUCUGUCCCUCUCCAUCCCUUUACCAAAUCAUUCCUCUCAAGUUACUCUUUCCCUUCCCCGAGCAGAACAUUCAUCAGGCGACCUCUUACCGCCCCUCAGAAUCCACUUGAUUCCGCGAAGCAGUACAUUGAAUCCUUCUAUCCAGAUAGUGAUGACACAUCCGUUCUGGUUCUUGACUCCAAUGCUGAGGUCUCAAAGUGGUACUAUCAUUACCUCUUAUUCACAACCCUGGAAUACAAGUAUUCCUCCUACCAGUAUCACGACGCCGCUUCGCUCUUUGGUGUUUCGCUUGAAGAACCACCUUCGUACCUGAAUGGAAGUAGUCCCUUCAAUGUGCCUACCCCACCGAAAGGAAAUCAGCCGUCACCAUUCCUGUACCCAGUUCCAAACAUACGAGCAGCGCUAUUCUUUCCGAAAUACUGGAGCGAAUUCCACGCUUACUUUUCAAAAAACCUGCUUUACCCCCACCAAUCCUCAACCUCCCAGAACGAUACUGAGCCAGAACCCUUUCCAUUGGGUGACGUGGCGGCAAAUUCUUGGAUAGCCCCAAUAUUGGACAUCAUUCGGGCGCGAGGCUAUGUAAUGCUUUAUCCAGCAUUCGCUUACGAGUCUCUCGCAAUUGUACACCAUGAGCAGCCAUCCUACACUCGCUCACCCCGGAAAGGGAAGAAAAGAACUGUCAAAGAGAAACCCCUCAUGGAGAAAAACAACCUCUUGGACUCACUCCCGAAUGGCGAUCUGCCAGUAUAUAACAGCAGACUGCCCCUAAUAGAUUGGUGGGGAAGGCCUGCGCUAUGGGAUUGGGUAGAGUUGGACGCACUCUAUUACAGAAAGUACAUCUCUAAUUGUAAGGUGGAGGAUACUGGGUUGCCAUGGAUGGUUCGCGGUGUUGAUGACAUAUUUUGUGAUCCCAACGGUAAUAGUUUGGAAUGAGUGUUUGAGUUAUGUUUGAAGGCAGGGAAGGGGGGAGGAUUUAUAGAGGAUUGAACGAUGUAGGCGCGUAUGGAACUAUUGGCGUUACUUGGUUAAAAAAAACAUUUUUGCGUUCUGAUAUAACGGUUUAGUCUUUGUUUAGCCUCCUCUGAUACUGCUCUGCACGUUUGUACGUUCUUUUUUACUUGAGUUCCAAGAUAUAAUCUUGUAAUAGCCUUGACAUGUGGUAUGGUUUUAGAGAGUUUCCAUCAGUGUCACCCACUCGAA